GCUCAUCAACAAUGGUCACUCUUCCACUUUCUCUCACCAACUGUAGCCUUAUUUUUCCCUGAACUGAUAGCUUUUAUUUUUGGCCUCAAGGAGUAGUUCAUUGAAAACAGAGUCCUACAUCUUGCUAAAAUCAUGGUCUUUUUCCGGAAAGGAAAAAGAGUCGGCCAAGGUGAAAGAAGAAUGGACCUUCGAUAGUAGACAAAUUGGGCUUUAGACAAAUGAGAUACUUGGUGAAGGAGAAUGCUUUGCUUUCCAAUCCUGUCAGAAGCUUAUUCAAAGAUGUCUCCAAGACAAGAAAACCACAUGCAAAUGCAAAGCAAAGAGAACGAUGGACAUAUAGGAGGAGCAUACGUUGUUUCUAGGAGCCAUAGUGCUAUAUGGAAGAAUGGCAUGAAAUAUUCUGGAAUUUUGAGAAAGAAAGUAAAAAGGUGGGAGGUCAAGGUGUUGGGACUUAGCUCAGAGUUGGUGAGGAAGGGGAAGAAAAUUGAGCAACUCAUCAAGGAGGAGGGUGCUGAUGAGGAGGGUGUGGAACCAGUGAAGAAACAAGAGGAGAAAAGUGUUAACUAGCAAUGUUUUGAAAUGUAAUGCAUGUUAGACAUUGUUAGCACUUGCUUGCUUGGUCAUUAUAGGUUUCUUGCUA